UCGCCCUGCGGCGCUGCCGGGCGCGGCUCCUUGGCUCAGCGCCGCGGGUCCCGCCUGCCCGGUACGCGGCGCUGGGCUUUCCCGGCCUCCCGCCGCACCGCACCGCACCGCAGCCCCAUGUCCGCGCUCCCCCCCGGCGCCGACAUCAAGAGGGCUCUGGAGAACAGCCCCGAGACCAACAUCGAGGAUGAGCUGCCCGACGAGCCGCCGCAGCCGCGGCCCAAGAGCUACCUGGUCCUCAGCAUCCUCUCAUGCUUCUGUCCCGCCUAUCCCAUCAACAUCGUCGGCUUCGUCUUCGCCGUCAUGGCUUUAAACAGUUAUAACCAAGGAGAUAUCGAAGGCUCAAAAAGACUGGGUCGCAAUGCCCUCUGGGUUGCUGUUGCGUCUAUCAUCAUCGGCCUUGUCGUCGGAGUCUAUUGUGCAGUUCAUUUCACAACGUAUGCUAUAUGAAGACCAGGAAUGCACGUGGAGGAUAUCAUCAUGUAAACCUCAGGAGGGGAAAAAAGAAGAGAAGGAAACCAUUCCAGACUGUUAGAUUUGACCCUACAAGUCUGCAGAGGCAUGUUGCUGGUGGAUGAACUGAUAGUCCAGCUAGUUAAUCAGCAUGACGUGACCAGGUUUUCCAAUUAUUUAUUUAUAAGAAAUCUCAGUAUAAAGCAGCAUUUUCUCUUUUACCCAAAUGUAUAAUGAGAUCUUGCCCUAACAACUCCCUUUUCUUUCUCAUUUACAUGGAAUGUAUGCUGGAUCCAUGAUGUUCCCUGGCUGACCCUAGCCAGACAAAGCCAACGUAUCUUGACUGUUUAUAGUGCACAAUGUAAGAUCUGAUGCACAGCCCACUGAAGCAGGUAAAAGAAUUCCUAUUGUCUUUAGUGGGUUUUGGAUCAGGUCAUUAAGGAUUUUUUCAUUACUUUAAAAUAGUCUCAACGUACCACAGGCACAACCAUGGGUUUGUGAUUUGAUCCUGCUGUGAGAUUUUAUAGUGCCUGGGCGUACUCUGACUCAGCGGCUGCUUUCUUCUGUCAUCCUCAGCUUUUAGGUCUUUACCUUGGAUUUUUAACCACCUGGGACCGAUUCAAUCACUUGAUUAUUAAGAGACACUCUUCUUCCAUAGCACCCAUAUUGUAUUUCAUGAUUCAGUUUUGUUUUGUUGUCUUUCAUUGUUGAACUCCCUUGACUUAGCUCCAGUCCUGCAUUAAAGUUGCACUUGAUCCUAUUUUCAUCUUUAAACUUCACGUAUGUAAAAAGCUCCUAUUUUUUUUAUCUGACAAAAGAUCUGUUUAAAUAGAUGUUCUUCAUCCCUUUGUUAUUGUUCCUUUGGCAAAUCACAUUAUUUCAUUGUGUUCUGCUUUGUUCAUGUCUUUUCCCUUUAGUUCAUCCUCUCAUCUUGCUAUGAAUAGUCUAUAUAUCAAUGCAGUUAGAGAUGGACAGACUUUUGGACCCUUACACUCUUGGUGAUCCUAAGAUAUUACUUAGUGAAAAGCCUUAGGUUACAGAAUUGAUGGCCUCUGAGUUACUGCAGUUUCUUGAUACCUUAGGAAAACUCAGCAUGGGACAUCUGUUUUUUAUUUGCUGGAAGCUGUUUCAAGGAAUAUAUUCAUUUUGUCACACAAAUAUACCAUGUUAAAAGGAGUAACCUCUGGUAAGCAUUAAGAUAUGGCUACAUCUUCAGUGGUUGUUGCUCCAUUUGCUUUAAUUGUUACUACAUCUUCAAGCAAGCUAUACCAGCUUACACCUCCUGUUCUUGCACUAACAUAACUCUGGACUGACUACCCAGAAACACAUGGGAGUUUUUCAGGUGCAAGUAAGAAAAGAAUCAUGCCCGGCAGGAGUACAACUACCUGUUUAAAAAGAAACAAUCUCCUAGAAACCUUUAUCUGUUACAGCAUAUGCCUGGAUGUAGCAUGUAUUUUCUGUGCCUUGAUAUUAUUCUUUCAAUGUGCUUUUUUUGCUUUUCUUUCUGUUUUUCAUUGAAGUCAGUGAUGCAUUGCCUGUCCUUAAUGACUCCAGUGUAAAACUUCCCAGAUACUGGUGAAAUCAGUUGAUUUUUUUCAGCAUUUACACUGAUUGGAUUUACCCACAUGGUAAUCUUGCCACUGAUUUUGAUGAUCCCAAGAACUGGCUGUUUUGUGAACUCCUUUUUGUUUUUGAAUACUAUUUCAAUGGUCUGAGAUGUCUUGUGGGACUUUUAGUAGUUUGCCUUAUUAUCAGAUAUGAUAGAACUGCAAUUGAGAUGUGGAAUAAAAUUACUUUUAAUUCAUG